AUGACUUCCUCCACAUUUUCUGUCUCAGAAUUUUCUCCUUUGCCUUUCCCUCCCUUCUCUCACACUGCUUGCCCCUACACCCGUGCUGCACUCCCUGACUGCCGCGAUUCCUCUGCAGCACCACCCCUUUCUCAUUCACAGUCCGCCCACCUCUCACCACUCCCCACCUACCUGCCAUCGCCACCCUUGUUGCUCCCAUCAUCAUCACCCACCUGCCUCUCACUCGUGGAGACGGCUGACAUUCGCCUGCCCCCGCUGGCGAAGGGGCAGCGCUUCUGUGAUGCGUAUCGGGUGGUGCUGCUGAUUGACAGCCGGGAGAAGGGGGCAGCACAGCUCACGGAGUUCCUCACCAGAGUGGAAAAGCUUCCGGCGCAGCCCCAUCCCUCUCCUUCUUGGCUCCUGCCUGCUGCCAUCACCAUCAGGCCGCAGCACUGCCUAAGCCCCCUCCCUCCCUUCCCCGCUCCCGAAUGCCACCAUCAGGUCGCAGCACUGCCUGUGGGCGAUGCCCUCUGGGUGGCUCAGCCCCUCACUCCUCCCACCUCAUCCGCCACACCUCCCUCCACCUCCUCUUCCUCCUCCUGUCCUCCCUCUUCCAUCCCUCCAUCCUCCUCCUCUGCUGUCCCCCCAUCCGCUCUCCCUGCUGCUUCCGCGUCUCCUGCACUGCCCGGCGCGCUGUUCUGCUUGGAGUGGGUGGCGGAGCGCAAGAGAGUGGACGAUUUGUGGCAGUCAAUCAAGUCAAAGCGAUUCAAGGACCAGAAGCUGAGGAUCAAGCACUGCGGUCUUCGCCGCCCAAUCUACGUGGUGGAGGGCAAUAUGGACGCCAGCAACGGCGCGGAGAGCCUGCGCACGGCGUCCGUCCAGACUCUAGUGCACGAUGGCUUUGACGUGCAUCACACCACGUGCAUCGCACACACGCGUCGCCACUACGCCCACCUCACUCGCGCCAUCGCUGAUAUCUGCAACGGCCUCUCCUCCGCCCCUUGUCACCCACCUUCCACACUCCAUGCCUCGUCCUCCUCCCCCCCGCCUCGCGACUUCUGCGUCACUUUUGAUCAAUUUCUGGAUGCCUGUCGCUCCUCACAGGCUCUCUCAGUGGGGGAUGUCUUUGGUCACAUGCUGCUGCAGGUGCGCGGCCUCACAGUGGACAUGGCUACGGCCAUCCUCCGCCGCUACCCCUCCCUGCCCUCCCUCCACGCUGCCUACACCUUUCUC